AUGGCAUACGGUGUUCCACAAAAUAGGAUGACUUCUAUGGAUUUAAGAGUAGGUGGGAAGUAUAGAAUCGGAAAGAAGAUCGGUAGUGGUUCUUUCGGUGAUAUCUAUCUCGGUGUCAACAUCGUCUCAGGAGAGGAGGUCGCUAUCAAGCUCGAGUCUGUCAAAGCAAAACACCCUCAACUAGAAUACGAGUCUAAGGUCUAUAAGACUCUAGCCGGUGGUGUCGGUGUACCUUUUGUAAGAUGGUACGGUACUGAGUGUGAUUACAAUGCAAUGGUGUUGGAUUUACUUGGUCCAUCCCUCGAAGAUCUUUUCAACUUCUGCAAUCGAAAAUUUUCCCUCAAAACCGUCCUCCUCCUCGCCGACCAAUUAAUCUCUCGAGUAGAGUACAUCCAUUCACGAAACUUCAUUCACCGAGACAUCAAACCUGACAACUUCUUGAUGGGUAUCGGUAAACGUGGUAACCAAGUGAAUGUUAUUGAUUUCGGUUUGGCUAAGAAGUACCGAGACCCCAAGACCCACCUCCAUAUCCCUUACAGAGAGAACAAGAACCUUACCGGUACUGCUCGAUACACCUCCAUCAACACUCACUUGGGUGUCGAGCAAUCUCGAAGAGAUGACUUGGAAUCUCUGGGCUACGUCCUCAUGUAUUUCCUUCGAGGUCAACUUCCCUGGCAAGGUCUCAAGGCUGCUACUAAGAAGCAAAAGUACGAUCGAAUUAUGGAGAAGAAAAUGACUACCCCCACCGAAGUCCUUUGUCGAGGAUUCCCCAACGAAUUCGCCAUCUACCUAAACUACUGUCGUAGCCUCCGAUUCGACGACAAGCCCGAUUACUCAUACCUCCGAAAGCUUUUCAGAGACUUGUUCGUUCGAGAAGGUUUCCAAUACGAUUACGUUUUCGACUGGUCCGUCCAACCCUCUGCCAAAGUUCAACAUCAACAACAAGAUGAUGGACAAUUAGCUGCUCAACAGCAAGCUGCGGGAUUGAUGCAACAGAAGAGAAGGGUCAUGCCUGAAGAGCAACUGGGACAAGAGAAUCAAAACCAAAGAUUGCUUAGAAGUCAAACUCGCAACAAUACCAGAGAACAGAAUUGGUAA